GUUUGUUUAACUAAGGGAUUUGAUUCAAUGGGGAGUCAAAGAGUGGUGGUAAUGGUGAUAGGGUUAGCGAUGUUGCUAUUGCGGGCUGCAGCAGUAACCACACCGAUAGAUUGCACCACGGUGGUUGGGCUCAUCUCUGCCUGCAACACUUUUGUCACUUACGGCUCGCCUGACCCCAUGCCUGGAUCCCCGUGCUGUGACGCGGUGGGUAGCCUGAAUAGCGUAGCUGAUUCAACUGCCGAUGGCCGGCAGAUGGUUUGCAAUUGCUUAAUGGGACUCAUCACUACCUACAGUCCUAAUGCCACUGUUAUUGCUACCUUGCCUGGUUUCUGUGGGGUCUCUCUUGGCUUCACUAUUGAACCCAACACUGACUGCGACUUCAUCCCAUGAGUUCGGAGAUUCAAGAGAAAAGGGUCCUUUUUUUUUUUAUGAAUCAUAUGGUUGCGGAUGACUAAAUAAGGGGUUUUCUCUUCACACUUUGCAAUGGAGAAAACUAUUGUAGCUUUUCGGUAAUUGAAACAGAUAGAUGGGUAAAUCUGUUUAACCAAAAAAAAAAAAAGAAAAAAAAAAACAAGAUCGAUGGAUAUAAGUUGUAGUCCAAAAAGCCGAAGGCUUCCUCUACAAUAAUAUUGAGCUUGACCAAAACAAAGCAUUGCAAUUUCACCAAAAACGAACAAGAGGAGUUCCCUUGUUAUCAACC